AUGUCCCUUCUUAGCCUCCCAGACAAAUUGAUCUUCUGCAUUGCACAAAAUCUUCAAAAGGAACAGUAUAUCAAUGCUUUUUCCCAGACAAACCGUCACUUAUAUAGUCUUCUAUUCCCCUAUCUAUGCCGACAUAAUAUUCAAUACUGGGGCAGUUCUGCAUUGUUAUGGGCCGCAGAGUUUGGACUAAGAGAGCUCACUAAAACUCUUAUAUCGGAAGGCGCAAAUAUCCACGUUUCAAACCCACUAGCACAAACCCCAUUAUUCCUCGCUUGCUACUUCGGCCAUACAGAUUUGGUCAAGUUCCUUCUGGACCGAGGUGCAUAUACGGAGGGACUAGAUAAGCAGGGCGCAACACCCCUUCAUAUGGCAGCAUCGAGUGGACACAAGGAGAUAUUAGAGAUCCUAAUUCAAAGAUGCUGUCAUCUUGAGCUUAGAAGCGAAGACGGUCAAACACCUCUCCAUUCAGCCGCAUUCCACGGCCACACAGACGCUGUAGAUGCUCUCUUAUCUAAGGGAGCUAGCCUAGAAGCCAGGGAUAAGCAUGGUGGGACACCUCUCCAUUCAGCGGUAUGGCAAGGUCGCGAGGCAGUGGUGAGAUUACUACUUGGUAAAGGCUCUGAUCCAAACUCCCGAGGAAAAGGUGGGGAAACCCCUCUACAUGAUGCAGCAAGAGUAGGGCGCGAGAAAAUAGCUAAGCAUUUACUUGCACAUGGCGCUUCUCCGAACAUGAAGGACAAACUUGGUAUUACGCCGAUUCAGGCAGCAUCACACUUCGGCCACAGAGGUAUCGUGAGUGUCUUGCUUGAGCAAGGAGCCUCUCACAAGCAACAGGACAGGAAUGGUCGGACACCGCUUCAUUCGGCUGCAGGACAGGGCCAUGCAUCGGUAGUAAAGCUGCUUCUUGAUGCUGGUGCAAUUCCAAAUGUUUUAAGCAGAUACAAUGAGACACCGUUACAUGCAGCGGCAUAUGGAGGAAAUGAAGAUGUUGUCAACCUUCUUCUCGAAUGUGGGCUUGAUCCAGAAGCCAGAGAUAAACAAAAUAUUACGCCCUUCGAUGCCGCAAGUUGGAAAGGACAUAAAGCGAUAUUGGCCCUUUUCCGAUCAAAGCUCAACUCUCAAAGCAGCACGCUGCCCGCGACAGAAUGA